AUAUUUUUCAAAAACAUCUGACAUCUCAGAGGUAAAGUGAACGAAAGUGGACACUUAACAAGAACGAAAAGCUAUUUGUACAGUUGUUUGAUAUAAAGAAAAAUAAAUAAUUCAUGCAUAAUUUCUCUUCGACGAUCCAGAAAAACAGUAUUUAAUGAAUACCACCCACACAACAUCAAUGGAAUAUUUAAAUCAACUACCCGAAGCUUCCGAUCGACCCAUUGAAGCCAUUGAGAACGAUCGGGCUAGGAAAAAACCUCACGGUUGCUCUAUCUGCGGUAGAAGCUUCAGUUUCAAAAGUCACCUAACAGAACACUUUCGCAUUCAUACCGGAGAAAAACCCUCCAAAUGUGACUACUGUGGAAUGCGCUCCUAUACUGAACGCAGUCUUAAAAAACAUGUGCGACGACACACCGGUGAGCGGCCACAUGUUUGCGGAGAGUGUGGUAAAGGAUUCUUUCGCAAAGACCAAUUAACGGACCAUGAGAAAUGGCAUGAUAAACCCAAUCAGACCACCGAAAAAGACCUGUCUAGCAUAAAACUUCACGAUUGCGAUAUCUGUGGCAAAAGUUUUAGAUGUAAAAGUCACCUCAUGGUACACGUCCGCACUCAUACGGGAGAAAAACCCUUCGAAUGUGACCACUGUGGAAUGAAGUUCGUAGAUAACAGCAGGCUUAAUAUACAUGUGCGACAGCACACCGGCAAGCGGCCAUAUAUUUGCGAGGAGUGCGGUAAAGGGUUUCUGUUCAGGAGCCGAUUAACGAUCCACAAGAAAUGGCACAUCGACAAAAAACCUUUCAAGUGCGAUGUGUGUGGUCGAGGGUUAUCACAUCAAUCUGCACUCGCAGCCCACAAACGUAUUCACACAAAUCGAAAAGAGUACGAAUGUGACCUCUGCGGUAAACGAUUCAAUAAUAAGAGUUGUUUAAUCCAGCACAGUCGUAUACACACCGAAAAAAGACCGAAGUUCAAAUGCGAUUUGUGUGAGAAAUCGUUUUCAACACGCUUCGCGGCAAAACAGCAUCGACAGAUCCAUACCGGUGAGAAACCACACAAAUGCGAUGAAUGCGACAAACAAUUCAUUACUAGAAGCAAUUUAAACCAACAUAAACGAACUCACACCGGAGAACGGCCGUACGGAUGCCCAUUCUGCGGUAAGAUGUUUACCGGAAGUACCAGUUUGACGCGUCAUAUACGCAUCCACACGGGAGAAAGACCGUACAAAUGUGACAUCUGUGGAAAGGACUUUAUUGACAACUGUACAAUGGAAAAACAUCGACGCAUUCAUACGGGUGAGAAACCGUAGCAGUGAAAGGUAUGAGGAAAACGAUUUCACACCAGUAGCAAUCUAAUUAAGGACACUUCGGUUCAUGAAAAAACAAAAAUUAAUCCACGAAGCGGUAUGACCUCUAUUAUAUGAUAAGAUCAA